UUUGCGCAAUACCCGGUAUGCAAAGGCACGACUAUCACGGUUAUUCUGCUACUUCACAAUGGUCGGAUAUCCUAUACAGUACGCGUUCGCAGUGCGACAGCGUGUUGGACGGCCGGGUUAGGGAGGGCCUCGCCACCAGGUCGGUUGUCUAUGAUAUAGCUUACAGUACACUGCGGGUAAUGAAGGUGCGCAUCUUGGUCAGCCUAUGCUUUGAGAGGCUGCUGCGGGAGCUGUGUUGGGUAAGUAACGAUGAUGUGUAUUCUCGACUACUCCAAUCACCCUACAAACCAUGA